UUUCGUGCUCAGCGUGCCGAGCAUUGCUGUGUUGCGCGUGCACGUCACCACACAGCUUCCCAGGCAUCGCGUCAACAACGUCCAUAGGGAUUACACCCAAUCAAGCGGGUCACCAAGGAGUAACACCGUCGUCUUCGUCCCGCCUCGGCAUGCCAGCAAACGGCCAAGACACAAGGUGACAAGCAUACAGCGCUUGUCGAUGCCGGCGGAGCUCACAGAGCCGCUUUUGCGAGAAGGCCAGCCCAAAGAAAAACCAGAGAGCAGGCAGCAACCAGAGAUGGAUACACUGAUGUUAUCGUUCGUUUUUCUGAUCUGGGCUGAGCGGACACGCCAGGCGCCGAACGUCUGGGUUAGCGAUACUGUGCAUACAUUCGAGUCCGGGUGAGGAGAAAGUGAGGAACGUUCAGUUGAACUCUCUGUACAGUUUAUAG